AUGACAUUCAAUGUGCCUCCUCCAGCGGAUGAUGAGGAGAACAACAAUAACAAGCAAAUGGAUUACAACGAUUGGUUACCGAUUACGGCGUCUAGAAAUGCCAAGUGGUAUUACUCUGCCUUCCACAAUGUCACGGCCAUGGUCGGAGCAGGAGUUCUCGGUCUCCCUUUCGCCAUGUCACAGCUUGGCUGGGGACCUGGACUUGUUGCGAUAAUGUUAUCAUGGCUUAUAACAUUCUACUCGUUAUGGCAAAUGGUUCAGUUGCACGAAAGCGUUCCAGGGAAACGGUUUGACCGUUACUCGGAGCUAGGACAAGAAGCGUUCGGACCAAGACUAGGUUACUGGAUCGUCUUGCCGCAACAGCUUAUGGUCCAGAUUGCUUCCGACAUAGUCUACAACGUGACUGGUGGCAAAUCGCUUAAGAAAUUCGUCGAGCUUCUUUUUCCUCAUCUCCAUCAUAUCCGUCAGACUUAUUACAUUCUUGGGUUCGGUGUGCUCCAAGUCGGUCUCUCUCAGUCUCCUGACUUCAACUCUAUCAAGAUCGUCUCUCUUCUCGCUGCUCUUAUGUCUUUCUUGUACUCAAUGAUAGCGUCUGUAGCGUCAAUAGUGAAAGGAACGGAACAUCGUCCAGCAGAGUACGGAGUAAGAGGACACACCACGGCCUCAAUGAUAUUUGACGCUUUUAAUGGCAUUGGAACCAUAGCGUUUGCGUUUGCAGGACACAGUGUGGUUCUUGAGAUCCAAGCUACUAUUCCUUCAACACCUGAAGUCCCUUCCAAGAAACCAAUGUGGAAAGGAGUCGUUGUUGCUUACUUGAUCGUCAUCCUUUGUUACCUAUGUGUAGCUAUCUCUGGUUAUUGGGCUUUUGGUGCUCAUGUUGAGGAUGAUGUUCUCAUUUCCCUUGAGAGACCUGCUUGGCUUAUAGCUGCAGCUAAUUUCAUGGUCUUUAUCCAUGUCAUUGGAAGUUACCAGGUUUUUGCGAUGUCAGUGUUUGAUACGAUCGAGUCAUAUCUGGUGAAAUCACUGAAGUUUACUCCUUCAGCAAUGCUGCGUCUAGUUGCACGUAGCACAUACGUUGCAAUUGUAUGUCUUAUAGCUAUUAUGAUCCCCUUCUUCGGAGGUCUUUUAGGGUUCUUCGGUGGCCUAGUUUUCUCAUCAACCUCAUACUUCAUACCUUGCAUUAUAUGGUUGGUCAUGAAGCGACCAAAACUAUUUAGCUUCCAUUGGUUUGCUUCUUGGUUUGCGAUAACAAUUGGGGUCUUGAUAGCAAUCUUUGCGCCCAUUGGAGGAAUGAGACACAUUAUCCUUUCGGCAAAAAGUUACAAGCUCUUCUCAUAG